ACCACCAUUGCCAAGUGCGGUCUAGAUCUCGAUUGGAGCACUAGCCCAACUGGAUGCUGCAGAUGAACGGUCGUGUCUGCUGGAAAUGGCCCCCAGGUGUUAUCUUCCCUAUUUUGCCACAGAAUAGACCCUUCCAGACGGCGACAUGCCGCAACUGCCUGCUGGCUCUGGAGAAGUCGCAGAUCUCAUCGCGAGGACAGCCUUUCCAGGUUGGCCGCUGGCUAUAUCCAUAUCCCAAGCCAGAAAAAUUUAAAACCCGGCCUUACUCGAGACCCACGAAAACUGCUCAGCUGCAAAGCCGGAGAGCUGCAUCACACUGCACAUCGCAACUAUGGUCUUCAUGACACGACACUUUCUGUGGCUGUUUGCCUUGGCGGUUCUGGUGAGAUGUAAUUAUACAUCUUUCCAGAUAGGCAUGUGGGACAGACCUCGGGCAGCCAUAAUCAGGUACUAUGUAUACUUGGAAGGCGGCCAGCUGCAGACUGGUAUAUGGAACGAGACCUCCGCUUCUUGGGAUGGGAUCGCCACUAUUCAGAAAGGAGCACUGUUCAGUCUGAACUUGAAUCAAUCUUUCAACGUUAACGAUGACAACUCACCAGCGCUAUUCGUAUCGAUGGAUGAGACCCAAGUCACCGACUUCUAUGUCGACGGAGCCAUGUUCGCUGAUUACGACGAGUUUUAUGCUUGGGGGGGCAUGCCGCUGUCACCCGACGAUUCCACCUUUCAAACUGUGAACGACAUCUUCUAUCCGCCAGAAGGCAGUGAUCAGGACCCUGGUUCUCCAGACAUCACGUUCAAUCCUGAUAAUGGCAACUUCUUUCCUGCCACUAAUGGUGCAGGAGCAAGUGCUCCCAGUGAACAAAAAGGGUUCUAUUUUGGCGGUUUCUGGAAUCCGAACAGCAGUGCGUACGGCUACUUCGAUCCGCCAACGACGGAGCACAACUGGUUGGUCGAAGUGGAUAUGUCAGCCGAGGGGCAUGCUAAUUUCAGUCGAUGGGCGGUCAACAAUACCUACGCACCAUGGCGAGCAGAAGCAGGUCUAGUCUGGGUUCCGACAUCCACACAGGGAAUUCUGGUCGCGAUCGGUGGCGUCACUUCAGCGGGAGACUUCAGUGAAGAUAAUGGCACACAAAACAAAUCACUGCCCUUUCUAAAAGAGUUCCCUAUUUACGAUAUCGGUACAAGGUCGUGGACCUCGCAGGCAAUCAACUCAGAUUCUCCCAUUGGACCGAUGAACCCGCUUGCACAAUUCUGCACUGUUGUGGCUUCAGCCCCUGACGGAAGCCAUCAUGACAUCUUCGUGUAUGGCGGUUGGGACAGUAACGGUAGCCUACCACAACCAGAGGUCUGGAUAUUGACAAUCCCUUCCUUUACGUGGAUUAAGGCCACUGCAGGCGAGCCGAGACAGGGCCAUGUUUGUGUUCAGCCAUACGCAGACGAGAUGAUAGCCAUUGGAGGUACAGGGCAGGGCGGGGCGCCGCUGACAUACCAGAAGGCUGUGGAUGUCUUCAACCUCAGCUCGUGGGAGUGGACGGGCGUGUACGAUCCAAAUGUCGACGAACCCUACCGACCACAUUCAUCAGUGCUUUCUGUCAUAUCCGCAACCCCAACCGCCAACGGUAUGGUGACUGAAGUCGCUCGCCUGUUCUCGACGACAUAUGCUACGACCAGUAUCAGUACAUUUACAUAUACGCAACAAGCCACAGGCACGCCUGCACCAGCGUCCAAUACCACCAGUCCUGCGAUCCCGCCACCCAAGCAUCACGACCGAGGCUGGGUUAUCCCAGUGGCGGUCACCGUUUCUGUUGUUGUCGGACUCACUCUUCUCGGCGCACUGUUCUUCUUCUGCUGCUAUAGUCGCAUGCGCAAGCACCGCCAGCAACAAAAUCAGCAAGAGACAGCCGAGGCCGGUCAGCGCAAAAGCAUGCUUCUCCCCUGGCUCUGGGCCACACAUAAUGCCGGUGCUCCCAAAGACGUUGGCUCCGACACGAUCACCGAAGUGGAACCUACUGCGCCUCAGGAACUCGAAGGCGGUGUCAACAAGUACUAUGACGGUAGCGAGAGCCGUCGCAAUGCACGUUGGUCGUCUUCGACGCCCGUACGUUCUCCACGCGCCGACUAUAUCGGUCCCGUUGAGGCACAGGGCACUGCAGUGAAUGAGAUGCACGCGCAGUCCAAAAGCAUCAUGCCUGACGACAUCGACUACAACAUUCGCAAUAUGGCAUUAUAUCCUCCCAGCGUGGUCAGCGGCGGGAACGGACCCCAUGAGCACAGCACAUCGAUCUCCCAGCCAGAUGGGUCCGAUGAAGCUCCCGCCUCGCCACGUACCACGUCAGCUGCGGUACCGUCCUCACCACGAGGCUUCACUACGAUUCCAGAGGGUAAUGUUCCGUCCGCGGAUACUUAUCCUUUUGCACAGAUAUUGGGCCCGCUCGAUCCCGCGCCGCCUGUGUCGCCUAUGGGUCGACAGCAGCAGAGGCCUGGUCAUCAUAGGCAUAAUUCCAGCGUGAGCAGUGGCAUGUCCAUGACCAUGCCGUCUCCAGACUUGGAUCAGUCUGCUUUGCCGGCGAGGCCGAGAGGGUCGAGAAGUGUGUCGGGUGACGAGAAUGAUGUUGAGGAGGAUCCACACAGUAGGACUUUCUGAUUAGGGUCAAUUGGUAUCUUGGAGAGAUGGUUGCCGCUCAUUAUACGAUUAGGGACUUUCUCUUUGGUUUCACUUCUUUGUG